AUGACCCAAAGUUGCAAUGAAAGUCACAGUGAUUUUAUCCUCCUGGGCUUCUCUAACAAGCCAUAUCUAGAGAAGAUUUGUUUUUGGGUAACUCUAUUUUUUUAUUGUAUGACUGUUACUGGAAAUGUGGUUAUAAUUAUCAUCUCCUGGAAAGAUCCUAAACUCCAUUCCCCAAUGUAUUUCUUUCUUUCCAAUCUUUCCCUUUUAGAUUUCUGUUUUACUAGUAGCUGUGUUCCACAGAUGUUAAUUAAUUUCUGGGGUCCUGAAAAGACCAUCAGUUAUGUCGGUUGUGCCAUUCAACUCUUUGUUUUCUUGUGGCUUGGAGCCACUGAAUGUGUCCUUCUUGUGGUCAUGGCUGUUGACCGCUAUGUGGCAGUGUGUCAUCCUCUUCAAUAUAAUGUUAUCAUGCACACAAAACUAUGCCUGAACCUGUCCAUCCUUGCAUGGGGGAUUGGCCUGGUUCAGUCUUUGAUUCAGUCUCCUACUACCCUCCAGUUACCCUUCUGUGCCAGUAAAGAGAUAGAUGACAUUGUGUGUGAAGUACCAGCACUGAUUCAGAUUUCUAGUGCAGAUACCACUUACAAUGAAUUACAAAUGUCCAUAUCCAGUAUUGUUCUCCUAGUGGUGCCCUUGAUGAUAAUUAUUUGGUCCUAUAGUUCUAUUGCUAAGGCUGUUCUGAAAAUAAAAUCAACUGCAGGGCAGAAAAAAGCAUUUGGCACUUGCAGUUCUCAUCUUCUUGUAGUCUUUCUCUUCUAUGGCACAGUCACGGCUGUAUAUCUUCAGCCCAAGAAUAACUAUACUCAUGAAAAUGGCAAAUUUUUCACCCUUUUCUACACUGUUGUAACUCCAACUCUAAAUCCACUUAUCUACACGCUAAGGAACAAGGAGGUAAAGGGUGCACUAAGGAGACUGGCAAAGAGGAUCUGA